CAGCGCGUCCCGGGUCAAGCGGAAGCGGCUUUCUAGCCUGCGCUUUAUAGGCCUCUCUUGUGCUUCCUGUUUCCUCUUUCACCAGGGACCCGCCAAGAUGGGGCGCGUUCGCACCAAGACCGUGAAGAAGGCGGCCCGGGUCAUCAUCGAGAAGUACUACACGCGCCUGGGCAACGACUUCCACACCAACAAGCGCGUGUGCGAGGAGAUCGCCAUUAUCCCCAGUAAGAAGCUCCGGAACAAGAUAGCGGGGUACGUCACACAUCUGAUGAAGCGGAUUCAGCGAGGACCCGUGAGAGGCAUCUCCAUCAAACUGCAGGAAGAGGAGAGAGAGCGGAGAGAUAACUAUGUCCCUGAGGUCUCAGCCCUGGAUCAGGAGAUCAUUGAAGUUGAUCCUGACACAAAGGAAAUGCUGAAGCUCUUGGACUUUGGCAGCCUGUCCAACCUGCAGGUCACUCAGCCUACAGUUGGGAUGAAUUUCAAAACACCACGUGGAGCCGUUUGAAUCCUUCUGCUAUGCUGUAUAAUAUCAAUAAACCAUCAACAACC